UGGCCGCAGCAGGCCGGCGGCAUGGCCACCCUGAACCAGAUGCACCGUCAAGGCCGGCCCAAACCGCCCCCUCCCAAGCUGGGGGCCACCUUCGGCCGCCCCCAGAUCAAGGGGGUGGUGAUCAAGAACCUAAUUCGGAAGCCCAAGAAGCCCAACUCGGCCAACCGAAAAUGCGCGCGGGUGCGGCUGAGCAACGGGAAGGAGGUGGUGUGCUUCAUCCCCGGGGAGGGCCACAGCCUGCAGGAGCACCACGUCGUGCUGGUGCAGGGCGGCCGCACCCAGGACCUGCCGGGGGUGAAGCUUACCAUUGUGCGGGGCAAGUAUGACUGCACCCAUGUCCAGAAGAAGAAGUGAGAAGAGGGAGCGCGCAGAGGG